AUGUUUCUUCCUAUAAUGUUUGAGAUACUUUUCAUGGGGCUGACAGUAGCCUCUCCGCUCGUUUCUUGUAGCUCGGAUAGCCCUGAACCCUCGCAGUGUCAUCUCCAGUCCUGCAAAAAUAUUCCUGGUGACCAAGAUUGGCCAUUAGCCGCAGAAUGGCAGAGUCUUAACGGCACAUUGGGCGGCCGAUUGAUCGCCGCGAAGCCCAUCGCCCAUGUUUGCCACGCACCAGACUACUCGGAAGCCGCAUGUUCCGUAUUGAAAAAUGAAUGGGACACGGGAUCUUUAAUGAGCCCUUCACCGGUAGACAUUCAAGCUCCCUGGUUUCAGAACCAGUCGUGUGUCCCAUUCACCGAUGUCUCAAAGCCUUGCGAACUGGGCAACUUGGCUAGCUACUCUAUCAACGUUACUGGCGUUGAAGAUGUCAAGGCCGGCAUCGCGUUUUCCAAAAGCCACAACAUAAGGCUUUCCAUCAAGAACUCCGGACAUGACUGGAAUGGGAAAAGCACCGGCAAAGGCACUCUAUCGCUUUGGACUCGCAACAUGAAGAGUCGCCAGAUCACUACUUAUAAUUCAUCUUUUUACAGCGGGCCUGUUCUAAAGGCGGGUGCAGGAGUGACGGGCGGUGAGGCUGCUGAGUUCGUGGCCGAGCACGGCUAUCGAGUUGUCACCGGCGACAGCCCGACCGUGGCCUUGGCGGGGGGAUAUACCCAGGGCGGAGGGCACUCCCAACUGUCCGGACAGUAUGGAAUUGGAGCAGACCAGGUGGUUGAGUGGGAGGUCAUCACGGCCUCGGGCGACUACCUCGUGGCAAGUCCGUUGAAGAAUUCAGACUUAUACUGGGCUCUUAGCGGCGGCGGCGGCGGUACCUAUGGUGUUGUCGUGGGUGUCACUGUACGUCUGCAUGAAGACGGCCAAGUCGCGAGUGCCUACAUGGCUUUCAGCGUAGAUAAUGCCGGGGGCGUGGAUGAGUUUUGGAACGCGAUUGGCGCUUUUCACGAUGAACUUCAAAUUCUAGUCGACACGAAAGGUGUCGUAGCUGACUACCUGCUCAGAAACGACAGCUUGACAGUUUUCACCAUUACGGCGCCCGGGUAUACGGCCGAUACGCUUUCGACACUGCUUGACCCUUUAAUAUUAGCUAUCACGCAGUCAGGCUCGGGGUCCAUCAACAAGAACUCGCUGAACCUGAAACUGAAUGAAGCCGACGGGUAUUAUAACUUGUACUCCAAGACAUUAGGGCCCCUAAUAAAUUCCUCAACCGAGAGUCCCGUCAUGGGAGGCCGAAUGGUGCUGCGCGACAAUUAUGCGAAGAAUAAGAGCGCCGUCAUCGACAGCUUUAGGAACGUUACGGAUGGCGGGGAAUUCUAUAUGGCCGCUACCGCACUCAACACAGUCGGUGCGGCCCUUCUAGCAAAACCCGUUGCAAGCAACGCGGUGCAGCCCCAGUGGCGCGAUGCUUUCCUCUCCAUCAACAUUAUCAGCCAGUGGGACUGGAACGAAGACUGGAAGAAUGCUGCGCGUCUUCAGGCUGACAUGGUCGACCGCAUAAUACCGGUCAUGGAGGCGGCCACUCCAGGCUCGGCCGUUUACUUGAACGAGGGUAACUGGGCACAGCCUGACUGGCAACACGCCUUCUACGGCUCCAAUUAUGAAAGAUUGCUGAAGAUUAAGAAGAAAUACGAUCCGGAUAAUGUGUUUUACGCUUUGACUGCCGUCGGAAGCGACAGCUGGAGUGAGGAUAUUACAGGGAAACUUUGCCGAAUCAAUUAA